GAUUUUUAAAUUACGCGACAAAUAAUAACUAUCGAUAUCGAAACACGUCAGACAGGUACAACACUGAUCUCUUCCGACUUCCUCCGAUGUCACCACACGUGCACAGAUACAAAAUGGCGGCACUUGGCAGGUCCAUAGAAAAUUAAUAAUUCGUUUCGUGUUCUAAUAAUUUUAUCUGUGGGAGUGUGGAAAUCUGUAACCAUGAGCGGUGAAUCCGAGAGCCCGGUAUAUUGUUCUUUCGUGGGCAUCCAGUACAUAGUCUGUGAUUGUGGGGAUGCCUUUGAAAAUGAGGAGUCUCACAGGCACCAUUUGCAAGUGAAGCACCCUGAAACCUUCAAGAAACACUUCGUCAGACGGCUCAAAAAAGUCCCGCCACCUACUAUAACUGAGUACAAAUGCGGCGAGUGCGGAAACAUAUACCCGACGGAGGAAGAAUGUGUGGCCCACCAAGAAGCCGACCACAUCCCCUUCAUGGAGGAAGAGGUGGUGUAUUUAGACGAAGACCACGAAGAAAAUUUUGUUGUUCCAGAAAUGAUCGAAUCUUCCACGUCUAUGGAAAGCGUCGGCACCUUAUCCCUAAAGAACCAUUUACCAGUUCGAGUGCAGAGCCUGCCGUCGAAAUCCGCUAUAUCCCAGGACGGUACGGUCCCAGACACAGUGCCUUCGGUGAGGAAGCCAGCGCCACCGCCGAGACAGAGGAAACGGCCAGUGUACAGGCAUAAGAAUAUCGUUUGCGAGACAUGCGGGAAAAAAUAUGCUUCCAACGCAGCUCUGAGGUAUCACCAAAGAGUGCACACGGGCGUUCGUCCAUACCAAUGCACGUACUGUCCGAAGAGUUUCACCAUGUCACUGUUUUUGCAGGUAAAUAAUGGUUAA